AUGCGAGGGUUAAGAAAUAGAGGUCCUGAGUGGUGCGACGUUGCGCGUGUCUUGAAACGCAGAGCGUUAGCCCCAGGGGUUGGUUGGAUGGGUGGGCACGCGCGCCAGCGCCCGUUGAGAUUUGAGAAACUUGGGGUGCCGAUGGCCCGUGGGCUAUCAGCCGUUUUCUACCUGUUUGGGUUCAUCCCAAGACACGGGACGGAAACAAGAACAGCAGCCAGGGGAAAAAGCAAAGAAACAAAAAACCGUGCCGAAAUGCACAUGUCGGACGGGGGGUUGGGCGGAUAUUGUAUUCCUUCAAAGGGGGGAGGGGAUGAUGUCUCGGUUCUUGGACGUUGGAAAGACUUGCAUGUUACUUUGCUUUUUUUUUUUCUCACCAACCGAACAUGCUCCCUCCGUCUCUUUACUGUAUGGAGUAAUGCUUCCCACUUCCUCUCCACCGUAACGAAGCAUUUCAGGUUCCAUUCGAGGGGACGAUAUGACAUGGCUCAGAUUGCUUCCGUGCAUAGCGCAUCUCGUUUCCCAAAGGGAGUUGUGUUUUUCUUUAGAAAAGGGAAUAAAAACAAGUUGUUCCAUGGCACGGACUUGCUACUCGCUAACAGACAUGCCAUCCCAGCGCCGACCCCGGCUAGAACUAACACCCCUUCAUUUCAGCUCAUUAUGAACACGGAGGAGGGCCCGGGGGCCGGGGUAGUAAAUUGGGGGGUCUCCAACCGGGCAACCGACAAAAAACAGCAACUAGGUAAUUAG